CAAGCAAGCAAGCAAACAGGCAGAAACAGGUUGUGGCCGUUGGCGAGUGGUUGGUGUCGGAGAUGGAGAUGGAGGUGGGAUCGCAACAGAGAGGUGCGACAGCUGCCAUGCAGCGACAAGGCGCCGCUGGUGACGGUGCAAGGACUUGUGGUGAGGAGGAGGGCGAUGUGGAGAUUGUGGAGUUCACCUGCGACGACAGUGGCAAGAACUUGCUCGUCUCCAACCUCGACCCAAACGUUCACUUUGCAGACUUGCAGCGCAUCUUCUGUCGGUUUGGCUUGCUGCGUGAGAUUCAACUCAAAGAGCCUGGCGAGUUUAUGCUCACCCGCUUCGCCUUUGUCAAAUUCUGCAGCAAAUACGAAGCCAGGAAAGCCAAACGUGCAGUGCACCGCCGUGUGAAGCUGCGAGGACGCUACGUGCACGUGAGCAUGUGCACGCGAGAGCGCAAGUAUGACAUCCCGCUCUCCCCGUCCUUCUCCGUGUCCAUGCUGCACCACUACCUCGGUGUUGGAUCUGUCAGCAUGGAGGUGGCAUAUGUGGACCAGGCGGCACUGCGCCACACUGCGUUUUCCUUCUUCGCACAACAACAACAACAACAACAGCAGCAGCAGCCAGCACAACGGCAGCGCGGUCGGCAAGCAGCACCAGCCAUGCCACAAGCACCCGCAGCCAGCCAACGCCAAUAUCACUCACACAACCUCUCCCCGGCCCAGGCCGAGGAGGUUCACGCCGCCCUCACGAGCCACGCGCACGAAGACCGCAACCACAGCCCGCCCCACGAACACACAGCUGCCACUGCCAACGGCGACACGAAACAAGAUGAGGCAGAGGCAGUGGAGGCAGAGGAGGACACGCUGCUGAUUGUGGUGUGCGCCCACGUGACCACGUUACCAUCACCGGUGUACGGCGGGUGCCUGCAAUCCAUGCUGCCAGACUUGCUGCAGCGGCAGGUGCGUGCGCCGUUCACCCCCACGCGCUGCCUGGAGGUCGCACACAAGCUUGCCCACACCAACGCCGCCAAGAACGUCUUUGAGCAACUUCGCCUCGUGCGUGUGUACAGCGGUGCACGUGCUGUGCGCUGGGUGCCGGCCAUUGCACCGCUCCCGCCGUCCCGCCUACAGCGCCUCAUCCAGUCGUACCUGCAGCUGCUGGAGCACGGGCCAGCAACGGCAGACACCAUCAUUGAUCCGUUUGUCGACGUUCCAGACGACCAUGACGACGGCAAUGACGAUGCAGGCGAAGGUGAAAGUGAAGGUGACGGCGACAAACUGUGACUUUGUCGGCAAUGGCCAGCGGUGCAACACACACGCACAUACGCACAUACGCACACACACACACACACACACACACACACA